AUGGGUAAGGAAUCUUCCGUUAUAUCUGACUACGUGCAGUUAGAGAAGCUUAAAAAGGCUCUUCCACAGAAACUCAUUAAGUUAUCUGAACAAAAGAAAUGUAAAUCAAUUUCACAACUUGGAUUGGCCAUUAAGCAAUCCAGGGAUAGGACAAUCCAAUCGCAUAAAUCUAGAAAUGAUAUUUUUUAUCAACAAAAUCAGCGCCAUAACCCAAAGAAAAUUAAAAAGUCUAAGGCAAAACUGCCUUCAUCUUCUAUCAGUACAGAAUACGCCCAUAAGAUCAUGGUAAAGGCUAAGAAUCUUAAAAUAAUUUGCUAG